UGUGUGUGUGUGUGUGUGUGUGUGUGUGUGUGUAGGUGAGACAGGAAUCACUGACGCGCUGGAUCUGUUCUCGCGCUGUUCCCAGCUGCUCUGCUGCAAUGGCGAUGGUGGCGCGCUGAAGAGCGGAGUUGGCCGACUUUCCCUUUGUUUUACGAAGAAUGCUUCAGUCAUGCACGACCACCCAGCGCUAAAUCCGGCUUGAAGAAGGGCGUGGAUCUUAAAUUUGAACAUUCGAUCUGUGGUCCGAGCGGUUGGGCUGUAAGCAAACAGCAGCCUAUAUGCAACCGCCCCGAGACUUCUCACAUCUGCAUGCGAUAAGCGACCAGCACCCGCCCGCCCCUCUCCUUCCACCAGCUGAUCUGAGCCACAGCAAACCCUCUGGCCGGCGAGGACCUGGAUCAUUAUGGCAGAGCGCAGUUCCACCGGAUUACUGAUGAUGAUGCUGGACCCGUCGCCGGCGAUCGCGAUGACUCUCCCGGCGGAGGUGCGCGAGAAGCUGGCGGAGCUCGAGCUGGAGCUCUCCGAGGGUGACAUCACACAGAAAGGCUAUGAAAAGAAAAGAGGGAAAUUAUUAGCGCCCUACAUACCCCAGAUACAAGGUGUAGAUCCGUCUCUGCAGAUAGAACAUAGGAUCCAAACGUCAUCACAGGUGGCCCCUCCAGGCUCCAAACAGAACAAGCCCCGGGUGGCAAACUCAAGGGAUGAGCGCUUCAGAUCAGACCUUCAUACAGAAGCAGUACAAGCAGCCUUGGCAAAGUAUAAAGAGAGAAAGAUGCCAAUGCCCUCUAAGAGACGCUCUGUUCUAGUGCAGUCUUCAGUUGAAGCGUGCACUCCCCCAGACACCUCCUCUGCAUCAGAAGACGAGGGCUCGCUGCGCCGGCAGGGCCGGAUCGCCUCCUCGUCUCCAUACCAGGCGCAUCCCAGUGUAGAGCACUGGUUUAACAGAGUCAUCCAGGGCUCCUCCACCUCAUCGUCUGCAUCCUCCACCUCCUCCCACCCCGGAGGAAGACCCCACCAUGCCACAAACGCCACCUCUGCUUCAGCCGCAACCGUACUGGCCGACCUCAUGGCUCACACACAGCUAGACAACCACAGUGCACCUCCGGAUGUGACAGGCCUGUCGGAGCGCUCGGUGCAUGCAGAGCGUCCACAGGUGGCAUCAGUGCGAGGGCUUCCACGCAGAUACACACACACCAGCGUCAUGGAGACCGCCGAUGGCACUGACAGGGGAGAUAGGGAGGCCACGGAUGGCGUUCCAGUCAACAGUCGAGUGUCCUCUAAGAUUCAGCAGCUCCUAAACACUUUGAAAAGGCCAAAGAGACCCCCUUUACAAGAAUUUUUUGUUGAUGACUUCGAGGAACUUUUGGAUGUGCAGCAUCCAGAUCCAAACCAGCCCAAGCCUGAGGGGGGUGAGAUGAAACCCCUGAAUGGGGAGCCGCUGGGGGUGGUUACUAACUGGCCUCCAUCAUUAAUGGCCUCUUUACAGCGCUGGGGCACCACACAACCCAAGAGCCCUUGCCUCACCGCACUGGACAACGCCGGCAAACCCGUCUACACACUAACAUAUGGGAAGUUAUGGACACGGAGUCAAAAACUUUCCUAUACACUGCUGAACAAACUGAGCACCAGGAAUGAACCAUUACUGCGGCCUGGAGACAGAGUUGCUCUUGUGUUCCCCAACAAUGAUCCUGUGAUGUUUAUGGUGGCAUUUUAUGGAUGCCUCCUGGCGGAGCUGGUGCCUGUGCCCAUAGAGGUGCCACUCACUCGAAAGGAUGCAGGCAGUCAGCAGGUGGGGUUUCUGUUGGGCAGCUGUGGGGUCACUCUGGCCCUGACCACUGAUGCCUGUCAGAAGGGCCUGCCCAAAGCACAGACCGGAGAAGUUGUCACUUUUAAGGGCUGGCCUCGACUGCUGUGGUUCGUUACUGAUGGAAAGCAUGUUGUAAAGCCUCCUAAGGACUGGCAUCCUCCAAUAAGAGACACUAGCAAUGAGAUCGCAUACAUAGAGUAUAAGACCAGUAAGGAGGGCAGCACUAUGGGCAUCACAGUUUCUCACUCUGCUAUGUUGGCUCACUGUCAUGCGCUCACACAGGCCUGUGGCUACACAGAGGGUGAAAUUAUAACAAAUGUUUUGGACUUCAAACGAGACGCUGGUCUGUGGCACGGGGUCCUCACGAGUGUGAUGAACCGCAUGCACGUGAUCAGCAUCCCGUACUCGCUGAUGAAGGUCAACCCUCUCUCCUGGAUCCAGAAAGUCCACACCUAUAAAGCGCGUGUAGCAGUGGUGAAAUCCAGGGACAUGCACUGGUCACUUUUAGCCCAGAGGGAUCAGAGAGACAUCAGUCUUAGUUCUCUCCGCAUGCUCAUCGUUGCUGAUGGAGCUAACCCAUGGUCUAUUUCGUCCUGCGAUGCCUUCCUCAACGUCUUUCAGGCCCGUGGGCUGCGGCCAGAGGUGAUCUGCCCAUGUGCAAGUUCCUCUGAGGCCAUGACCGUCGCCAUCCGCAGGCCUCCAGAGAUGGGCGUUCCUCCUCCGGGGAAGGCAGUGCUGUCCAUGAGUGGUCUGAGUUAUGGGGUGAUUCGAGUAGACACAGAGGAGAAGCUCUCUGUGCUCACUGUCCAGGAUGUAGGACAGGUCAUGCCUGGAGCGCUGGUGUGCGUGAUCCAGGUUGAAGGCACGCCGUACCUGUGUCGAAUGGAUGAGGUUGGAGAAAUCUGUAUGAGCUCCAGCAGUACAGGAAUCUCCUACUAUGGUCUGCCAGGCAUGGCCAAGAAUGUUUUUGAGACCAUUCCAGUCACAUCAUCAGGAGCUCCCAUCGGUGACAGACCCUUCACACGCACAUCUCUCCUGGGCUUCAUCGGGCCGGAUAAUCUGGUGUUUGUGGUGGGAAAGAUGGACGGACUGAUGGUGGUGAGUGGACGGAGACAUAACGCAGAUGAUGUGGUGGCCACAGCACUGGCCGUGGAGCCCAUGAAGUUUGUGUACAGAGGAAGGAUUGCGGUUUUCUCUGUAUCAGUGCUGCAUGAUGAACGCAUUGUUGUGGUGGCAGAACAGAGACCAGACGGUUCAGAGGAGGACAGCUUCCAGUGGAUGAGUCGUGUGCUGCAGGCUAUCGACAGCAUCCAUCAGGUGGGAGUGUACUGUCUGGCUCUGGUGCCAGCUAACACACUACCCAAAGCUCCUCUGGGCGGCAUCCACAUCACAGAGACCAAACAGCGCUUCCUAGAGGGAGCUCUGCACCCCUGCAACGUCCUCAUGUGUCCUCAUACCUGCGUCACCAACCUUCCCAAACCUAGACAGAAGCAGCCGGGUACAGAGGUGGGUCCUGCUUCCAUGAUAGUCGGAAACCUAGUGGCAGGAAAGAGGAUUGCACAGGCCUGUGGGAGAGAUGUUUCACAGCUGGAAGACAAUGAUCAGUUCCUGUAUAUGCAAGAUGUUCUGCAGUGGAGAGCUCAGGCCACUCCAGAUCACCCUCUAUUUCUGCUGCUCAAUGCCAAGGGCACUGUGGCCAACACAGCCUCCUGUGUACAGUUGCACAAGCGGGCAGAGCGUGUGGCAGUAGCGCUGAUGGAAAGAGGCCGACUUAAUACUGGAGACCAUGUAGCACUCGUUUAUCCUCCUGGUAUUGAUCUGAUCGCCACUUUCUAUGGCUGUCUGUACGCCGGCUGUGUUCCAGUCACCGUCAGGCCUCCACACCCACAGAACUUAACCACAACCCUACCAACCGUUAAAAUGAUUGUUGAGGUCAGUAAGUCUGUAUGUAUUCUGACAACCCAAGCAAUAAUGAAACUACUGAAAUCCAAAGAGGCAGCGGCUACUGUAGAUAUUAAAACGUGGCCAUUGGUACUGGACACAGAUGAUCUCCCAAGAAAGAGAAUUCCUCAGAUCUACAAACCUCCCACCCCAGAGAUGCUCGCCUACCUGGACUUCAGUGUUUCUACCACAGGAAUCCUUGCUGGGGUCAAGAUGUCCCAUGCUGCCACCAGUGCCUUGUGUCGCUCUAUUAAGCUGCAGUGUGAACUGUACCCCUCUCGCCAGAUCACCAUCUGUCUGGACCCCUACUGUGGCCUGGGCUUUGCCCUCUGGUGUCUCUGCAGUGUGUACUCAGGCCAUAAGUCUAUUCUGGUUCCCCCUCUGGAGCUGGAGACCAAUCCGUCUCUGUGGCUUUCUGCUGUCAGUCAGUAUAAAGUACGAGUGACGUUCUGUUCGUAUUCAGUGAUGGAGAUGUGUACCAAAGGCCUGGGCUCCCAGACUGAAGCUCUGCGGUUACGGAAUGUGAAUCUGUCGUGUGUACGGACCUGUAUGGUGGUGGCUGAAGAACGUCCUCGCAUCACGCUUACGCAGUCCUUCUCGAAGAUCUUCAAAGACCUGGGGCUCUCCUCACGGGCCGUCAGCACCACCUUCGGCUGCAGGGUCAAUGUGGCCAUUUGUCUUCAGGGCACCGCUGGGCCGGAUCCCACCACAGUAUAUCUAGACAUGAGGGCCCUGCGGCAUGACAGGGUUCGAUUAGUCGAGAGAGGCUCACCGCACAGUCUGCCACUCAUGGAAUCUGGGAAGAUUCUUCCAGGGGUAAAGGUUAUAAUUGCCAACACAGAGACCAAAGGCCCUCUAGGAGAUUCUCAUCUGGGAGAAAUUUGGGUGAGCAGCCCCCAUAAUGCCACAGGAUACUAUACGGUUUAUGGGGAAGAGGCGUUGCAUGCUGACCACUUCAGCACCAGACUGAGCUUCGGUGACACCCAGACGGUUUGGGCUCGCACUGGAUAUCUUGGCUUCCUGCGUCGCACAGAACUUACAGAUGCCAGUGGAGAGCGGCAUGAUGCCUUGUACGUGGUUGGUUCUCUAGAUGAGACUCUGGAGCUUCGGGGAAUGCGUUACCAUCCCAUCGAUAUUGAAACAUCUGUCAUAAGGUCACACAAGAGCAUUGCAGAGUGUGCUGUGUUCACUUGGACGAAUCUCUUGGUGGUGGUCGUGGAGCUUGAGGGGUCAGAACAGGAAGCUCUGGAUCUUGUUGCCCUGGUGACCAACGUGGUUCUGGAAGAGCACUAUCUCAUAGUGGGGGUCGUUGUGGUGGUGGACCCUGGAGUCAUUCCUAUCAACUCCAGAGGGGAGAAGCAGCGCAUGCACUUGCGGGACGGCUUCCUCGCUGACCAGCUAGACCCUAUAUAUGUGGCCUACAACAUGUGAGAAUGUGUAACAUGGAGGAGGAACCAAAUGCCAGAAAAAUCUGCAUAUGCAAAUUUACAAUGGAAGCGUUGGGGGAUGUUCGGACAGGCUUGCCUCUUCCUCCGCAAACAUGAAGAGUCCUUGAUGGAGCUAUGCAGUUUAUUUUUUAUAUCAAACUGUCAGAAUGCCUUGCAAAUAAAACUCUGAUUCAGUGGUCAGGGCAAAUGACUUGAUUUCAUCUCCUGUUUUCUUGUGUGACAAUUAUGAGUUCAGUUUUUAUUCAAGCACACCUGUUCUGCACAUACGACACAUGCGUGUUGAAUGUUCCCUGUGUGUGAGGAGGAGUGCCUGAUGUCAAAAACAGGAUCCAUUUUUGUUUGGUUUGUUCUCUCUUUACAUCAACAUGCAAAUCUUUGAUAAAUGUUUUAUCUGGAGACCAAAUGGCAAUAAGGAAAUGGAUAUCUGAGUGUUUGUUUGCAAGAAAGCAGUACUGAAGAUGUACUGUGGAAAUGCUGCUCCAUAAAUUCACAAGCUUAUGCAUUCCCAGCUAGUGUUUCAACAUGGGCCUUAAAUAUUUUCCAUAUGCCUGUGGACUGCUUGUUAUUUGUAUUUAAUUUUCCCCCCAUUCUUUAUUAAAAUGUUUCAUUCAUGUGUUAGCUUUUAGACUGUGCAGGACAGGAAUCAGUGUAAUAACAGUGAAUAGAUGACGAGUCUUAUUCAGGUAACCAAGUCCCAGUCUGAAAUAUAUUUCUGCUCAAAUUUACAUUAUGUACAACAUUUCAGGUUUGAGCAAUUUUUUACAGUAUGACAUCACCAUUCACGACUGGAUUAUCUUAUAUUCCUGCAGAUGAAUGUAUGAAGGUGACAUUUUUAGUCUCCUACAUAUUACUGAUUAAAAAGAAAGUAGCAUUUUUCAUUAAUUCAUUAAAACAUACCAAACAGAUGGGAUCGUUAUUUCAGGAAAAAAUGACCACUGCAGGUGAGGGCUUUUAUUCUUCUUUUCAUUACCGUGUUAAAGUGUGAUAUUUGCUUGUAUUUUUCAGACGCACUGUACACCGCAUUGCCCAGCACUGUAAAGACCACUUCUAACAAUGCUUGCUUUCUUUUAUUGUGUUCAUUACGUAAAGGACAGGCAUUACGCCUGCUGUAAUUAUGUACAGCAUUUGUGUAAUAAGUUAUUAUUGGGACAGCAGAAAACGACAAAUACUUUUGGCAUGGUUUUUGCAGUGGCAUGGAGGAAACCAGAUGCUGCUCAAAUUGAAGCUUCAUUUCUUGAUCAAACAGAAAGGGGAACAACAUGAGACACUAUUCAUGUAAUAUUUUAUAUUGCAGUAGGCUCAAGAAGUGGUUUUGCUGCAAGGAUUGUAACGCACAUACAGCAUCUGUAUCGCAGGAUGGUUGUGUGACUGUUUUCGAUGUGUUCGAUUUUUGCAGUUUUGUCAUUUAGUGAAUAUUUGGUUGAAACACCUUUUGACUUCUGUUAAUAUUUCUUAAUAAAAACCAUGCAUUUAAAUGACUGACAUUGAAAAUGUUUAAUUCUAAAGUGAUGUUUAAUGCACAUCUUGCAGACAAUUUUAUCCAAAGAAACUUACAUUGCAUUUAAGGUAAACAUUUUAUUUCAUUCAAUCCCUGGGAAUUGAACCAAUGACCCUGGCACUGCUAAUGCCAUGCUCUACUGUUUGCUACAAGAAAUGUCCAGUAUCGAAUAAUAAAAAUGUUGCAUUUAAUAUUAAGCAAAAGGAUAACUAGACUGACAAUUAUGAAAACAUGAUAAUAAAGGUUUAAGAAUUUCUAGUAUGCAUGCUAGCAGUACUAAACAGAUACAGAUAUGGAACAUUAGUCAGUAUAGUUUCAAC